ACAACAUACUUGCGUAAGCGAGGGCAGGUCCAUCCUCCGCCUCCUCGCACGCUUCUCUGAGCAGGGUAGAGCAGCCAUUCAUCCAGCAUUUGCUGAAGCUGCAGCAUUUCCACAGGAGCACUUGGAGAGCAGCAAUGUUUUCCUGCAGAGUGGCUUGGCAGAGGUGUGGGCCUCUGGCACGGAGAGCAGCCUACAGGUUGCCUCGGGAGGCUGUGCAGCGGCGGCAGAUGUCUUCACUUCCGGGUGGUUCAGGGCAGAACAUAGUCUACACCCUGCUGUGUGGUGGAGCCUUCGUUGGUGCUGUGUCAUAUGCAUACGUCACCGUGUCCACAGACGGCGCCAGGUACAACGAGCGUGUUGCACAAAUCAAGGCCAGACCCAAGACAGAGUGGGUACCUAAACCAUGGCCACCAAAGAGUAGGGAUGAUGAAGAGGAUGGAGAGGAGGAGGGGGCGGCAGCAGCUGAGGGAGAGGAGGAGGCUGCAGCUGCUGACGGCGAGGCAGAAACGGUUGUGGAGGCAGUCGCCGAGGUAGUCGGCGAGGCUGCUGAAGUCGUUGUUGAGGUGGCGGAGGGCGUCGCCGAGGCUGCGCAGGAAGUGGAGAAAGUUGCAGAAGAAAUCGCCCAAGUGGCUGAAACGGUCGAGGAGGCCGCCCAAGCUGUCGCAGAACCGGCCGUCGUUACUGCUGAGGACCCCGAAAGCAACGUGCUGCUGGCAGCUGCCUCUACCCUAGAGGUACCGAAGGAAGAGUUUGCAUCUGCCAACAUUAAGGUUGCACCUAAGGAAGAGUUCCCAGCACCAGAAGAAGGAAAGCCUGUAGAAGAAAUUGCUCCACUAGAGGAGGCCCCUGCAUCAGUAGAGGCUGCACCAGUGGUUGAAGAGGCCCCCACAGCUGUGGAGGCAGCACCAGUGGUUGAAGAGGCCCCCGCAGCAGUGGAGGCAGCACCAGUGGUUGAAGAGGCCCCUACACCAGUGGUUGAGGAGGCUUCACCAGUGGUUGAAGAGGCCCCUACACCAGUGGUUGAGGAGGCUUCACCAGUGGUUGAAGAGGCCCCUACACCAGUGGUUGAGGAGGUUGCACCAGUGGUUGAAGAGGCCCCCGCAGCAGUGGAGGCUGCACCAGUGGUUGAAGAGGCCCCUACACCAGUGGUUGAGGAGGCUGCACCAGUGGUUGAAGAGGCCCCUACACCAGUGGUUGAGGAGGCUGCACCAGUGGUUGAAGAGGCCCCUACACCAGUGGUUGAGGAGGCUGCACCAGUGGUUGAAGAGGCCCCCGCAGCAGUGGAGGCUGCACCAGUGGUUGAAGAGGCCCCUACACCAGUGGUUGAGGAGGCUGCACAAGUAGUUGAAGAGGCCCCUGCAGCAGUGGAAUCUGCACCAGUGGUUGAAGAGGCCCCCGCAGCAGAAGAGGCUGCACCAGUGGUUGAAGAGGCCCCCGCACCAGUGGAGGCUGCACCAGUGGUUGAAGAGGCCCCCGCAGCAGAAGAGGCUGCACCAGCGGUUGAAGAGGCCCCCGCACCAGUGGAGGCUGCACCAGCGGUUGAAGAGGCCCCCGCAGCAGUGGAGGAUGCACCAGUGGUUGAAGAGGCCCCUGCAGCAGUGGAGGCUGCACCAGUGGUUGAAGAGGCCCCUACACCAGUGGUUGAGGAGGCUGCACCAGUAGUUGAAGAGGCCCCCGCAGCAGUGGAAUCUGCACCAGUGGUUGAAGAGGCCCCCGCAGCAGUGGAGGAUGCACCAGUGGUUGAAGAGGCCCCCGCAGCAGUGGAGGAUGCAACAGUGGUUGAAGAGCCCCCGCAGCAGUGGAGGACGCACCAGUGGUUGAAGAAGCCCCUGCAGCAGUUGUUGAGGCUUCAGCACCAGUAGAUGUUGCACAGGUGGUGGAAGAUCCCAAGAGAGAGUACAUUGUUGUUGUUUUGGAAGGAACACCUAAAGCAGAAAAGAGGCCUAAGGUGCUGGGAGUGGGGCCCAUGACUGGUAGAAUCAUCCCAUCUCCAGAUGAUGACGAUGCCCCUGCUUCUGAGGGUAGGCGACGUCUUCUUAGGAUGCAAAUGCAGUAGUUCCAACAAAGUAAACAGCUCCUGAAUGAUGACUUUAUGUCCUGAGGAAGAAGAGGAUGUGCCUUUUCCAACACUUUCCCUUCCUCCUUUCAUCCUGAAACACAACGGACUGAUGUGUAGUUUCACUCUGAAGACACUCAAUGUACAAUAUAACUGUCAUCCCACAGUGUUAGCAUUGGCCCAUAUAGCCCACUCCUGUGACACUCCACAUUGACUUACAUGUCUUGUCUCUGUAGACCCUGAUGAACCCAGUGUGUAGUUCAACAGAGCUCUGCUUUAUCCUCUGUAAAGUUUAAUCUGUUUAAAGAUGUGAACAAAACUGAGCCAUUCACCUGUUUUUACCUGUUAGUUUACGCCUCAAACGUCACUCCAGUGGAACUUAAUACCACCACAUCCUGUUAGCCUAAUCACUGCCCAGCCACUUGUGAUGUGAACCUACAGUAUUAUCUUUUCAAGCGGGGGUGGUGUUAAAUCACCAGCAUUCUUUACAUUACCUGACUUCAGGUCUACCUUCUGCUUCUGUUGGUUUGAAAAUGAUCUGCUGGAAACACUGGCUGUAGAGCAUGUGUACAGUAGCUCUUGUGCUACCUCAGUUUUCCUCAUGUUUCCAGUCUCUGACACGACGACCUCACUAGUUUUUCAGCCACUACCUUCAAUAAGCACAUUCUUCUUUUUCAGAAGCUGUGAUUUAAUCAGCACAACAACUAAUCCUGUAAAACUGCUUCUGCACAGCUCACAUUGGGUUAAAACUCUGAAGAGUGUUUAAAAAGUACAACACAGUUGGGACCUCGGUGAUCAGGCCGUGGUCACUUUGAACGUUUCAGCACAUAGAGCAAAACAACCACUGUUCGUUCCUCCAUAGUUCUGGUAGAUGGAUGAAUACACAGUAAAUGUACAAAACAUUGGGAACCACCCUCCUGUUAUAAUCCUAUCUUAAGAGCUUUUCUUGUGUUGUUCUAGCGGUCAGACCUGUGUGGAUGUGAUUUGAGGGCUUGCAGCAAGUAUGAACAGUCAUGAUACUGAUGUUGGUAUGACAUGAAGUUUGUGUGUGGGAAUUGCAGUAUGUCUGAAGGAAAGUCACCAGUGUGAAUUGCUUUGACAGCUCUGUUGUAGUCUGUUGGUUUCCUCUUUCACAUUUUCUCACCUCAGCUAUUGAAUUUCUGAUUUUCUUAGUUUGGCAUACAGUAUUUGAAACAGAUCUGAGAUCAAGAAUUCAACUUCAGUGUUAGUAUACUGUAUAUUUCAAAAUGGAAAUUGGAUUUAGAAUGUUACACUUUGUCUAUUUCCUUCCAAUAGGAUGUGAGUGGAUCCCUUUGAGCGAAGGGGCAGCAACUGUGACUGUGAGACAUUACUGUUUUUCUUGUUUUGCAAAAUAAAGAGGGAUUAAAGGUU